AUGGCGACGGAAGACCUCCCCCUAGUAAAGCUCUACUGGCUGAACAACUCUCGCUCCCAAAACACCCUUUGGCUCCUCGAAGAGCUUCGCAUCCCCUACACCGUCCAGACCUUCUGCCGAGACGCCAACCGCCUCGCGCCCCCGGAACUGGCCGAGGUGCACCCCCUCGGCAAGGCCCCGAUCCUCGAGCUCACGCCCCCCGCCUCCGCGGCCGAUCCCGCGGGAACGCCCGGCCCGGAACCCAUCCGGCUCGCCGAGAGCGGGUACAUCACGCAGUACCUCGUCGAUCACUUUGGCCACCGCAGCCCGGGCCUCGUGCCACCGCGGUGGAAGCCGGGCCAGGAGGGCCGCGUCGGCGGCGAGACGGAGGCGUUUUCGAGGUUCCAGUACCUACUGCACUACGUCGAGGGCAGCUUCUUCCCCGUGAUCGUGCAGUUCCUCCUCAUCGAUAUCCUCAAAUCCAACAACGUCCCCUUCCUGGUCCGCCCCCUCACCUCCGCCGUCGCCUCCAAAAUCUCCGCCCUCGCCCUCCUGCCCACCGCGCAAAAGCACCUCGCCAUGCUCGAGCACUUUCUCAAGACGGCGCCCGGCGUGGCGCCCGGCGGCGAGGCUUUCCUCUGCGGCCCCGCCCUCACGGCCGCCGACAUCCUCAUCAGCUUCGCCCUCAUCACGGCCGAAGACGAGGGCGCCUGGGACGCCAUGGGAGCUGGCCCGGCGGCUCGGCGCGCGCGGCGCACCCUGUCUUGUUCGACUAUACCGAUCGACUGA